CUUGGUGCAUUUGAUAUUUGGAACUGUGCUUGUGAUUUUAGAUUCUGUUUAUAUUUUUUGGGUUUGUCCUUCUCAUAUUGCUUUUCUACAAAUGUUGCUAUGGAUUUUGGGAUUAAGCUUCUGAUUUUGAUUUCCCACAAUUGAAAAAUCGUGCUUUUGUUAUCUGGGUUUUCUCGUCUUGGUCAUCUUUUUUAUAUUCCGAAGAACUUGUUUGUGUAAGCAACCCCAUUGGAGUUGUUCUAAAAGGUCUUCUUGUUUUAGAGCGCUGUCUUGAAGAUCGUAAUUGUGUUUUCAUUUGGCCCCUUCAAUCAACUUUACCUAUCCCUUACCUUAACUUUUCAACCUCGCCAACAGCAUCAAAUACUAUAAUAGACCUCUGUUUACAUUAAUUUUUCCAUGGAAGCUCAACAGAUUAUUUCCAGAUUUUGCCCAAAAUCAUCACUAGCGCCAUCAAUUCCAAUGGUGAAGCAACCGUUCUCUUUAAAUUUCCCUCCUCUACACUCUUUAUCGUCAUACCCUUUUCUCCAGUCUCAGAAUCUUGGCUUCCCUACUGGAGCUUUACAUGCUAUCAGCUUUGUGCACAAAGAAGUUUGUUCUAGUUCUUGGAGAAUAUGGUGUAGCAAGAGUAGUAGUAGUACUGCAGAACCAGAGGAGGACCAUGAGGUGAGGGCUCAGGUCACAGUGAGAAGGAAAAAGCUAGCAGUUUUCGUGUCUGGGGGAGGAUCCAACUUUAGAUCAAUUCACGAGGCCUCUAAAAAGGGAUCGCUUCAUGGAGAUGUUACUGUAUUGGUCACAAAUAAAAGUGAGUGUGGAGGUGCACAGUAUGCAAGAAAUAAUGGUAUCCCAGUUAUAUUGUUCCCUAAAGCAAAGGAUGAACCCAAAGGAUUAUCUCCUUGUGACCUUGUUGAUACACUAAGGAAAUUCGAGGUGGAUUUUGUUCUUUUAGCUGGAUACCUCAAACUGAUACCCGUAGAAUUGAUCCGAGCUUUUGAAAGAUCUAUAUUCAACAUUCAUCCAUCACUUCUUCCAGCUUUUGGAGGCAAGGGCUACUAUGGCAUGAAGGUUCAUAAAGCAGUAAUUGCUUCUGGAGCAAGGUUUUCAGGUCCAACCAUUCAUUUUGUUGAUGAACACUAUGACACCGGGCGUAUCCUUGCACAACGUGUGGUCCCUGUGCUUGCUAAUGAUACUGCAGAGGAGUUGGCUGCAAGGGUUCUCAAUGAGGAGCACCAAUUAUAUGUUGAGGUGGUGGAGGCUUUAUGUGAAGAGCGUAUCGUUUGGAGGAAAGAUGGUGUUCCUCUCAUCCAAAGCAGAGAAAACCCCAAUGAGUUUCUCUGAUUAUCAUUAAUAUGGGGAUUUUGGUUGUGAAAACUUCACAUUUACCCCAAAGCUGUUGUAGUUAAUGAAUUGUAACUAUUAGGUAGGUAAUUUCUGGUGCACUGAUAUCAUAUCUCUAAGGCAACAUAUAAUAAGCAAGAAAUCACAAACUUAUCUUCUGAUCUGAUCUGCAUAAACUGUUGUAUGCUCUUGGUAGAUUUUAAUAUCAGGUCAUGGAGCAUAUUUUUGGAGUCCUUUUUUUCCCUGCACAGGUUUCCAUGAACAUGUCAUGAUUUUGCUUCUUAAUAAAGAAAUUAUCUACUAUACUAUUUGGAUGAGAAA